GACAAAACAUUAGCCGGGAUACCAAAAGUCAGAUCCCCACACACAUUUGAGAUUCGAACACGACCUGUUUGUAUAGCCCUAUCGGAUCUUACACACUUUCGCACCAAAUUUGAUUGACAAGCAAGGAAAUCGAGUUCUCGGUCAACAAGAUGAUCCAGUAUGAUACGGUCGUGGUUAAGAAUGUGUCCUGGCAGCCGGACCUCCAUACGGAGGGAACCUAUGUGUGCCCCUUUCCGGAGCCACCGGCGGCGGAGCCCCAUUUGCGUACCGGCAACUGGUAUGGCCAUCUGGAGCCGCACCAGCGGCUCUUCUACCAUCAGACUAUGAACUCGGUGCGUGCCAGCAAGCGAUUUCGCGCUAAUCCAAACAUCCCAAAGGAUACGUUAGACUUUCAGCUGCAGUCACGGUACGACCAUACCCGAGAGGCCUUUCCGGACAAGGUCGACUAUGUGAUGCAGCGGGAGACGUGCCGGGCAAUUUCAAGCUGGUCGGCUCCUGGAGCAGCCAAUGAAAUAGGGGCACGGCACAAGUCGUUCCGGGUGCUGCGGAACACGCGUAUGAUUCGCCGUAUGCAGGAGGACGCUUUGGGCCACCCAUUGCGUAUUGGUGGUUGCAAGGAGAAAAUUCAUCCACACAGCACCAAGCUAAUUUGCAGCGGCGUCCACAACCAGCUGGUCAAUAAUGGAUUCUCGCGCCAGACCUCCGACGGCAACUUCUUCCGCUACUAGACACACUUUCGCCUUUCCAGAUAAUUUCGUUAGUUUUGUUUUUGGAUUCCUGAAUAAAUUAAUGGCUAGGAGCAGCCGUCACGCAGUCGCCUCCAGCUUGGGCUGCUUGGCCAAGUGCUCCGCAUCACUAUCAUCCUCAA